AUGUCGGUCUUUGAUUUAAAGAAGAACCUCGUAUUUUAUGGUGCAUACCAUCGUGAACCGACCAAUAUUGCAAUUCACGUAGCCUGUGUCCCCAUUUUACUAGCUACUGGCUUUCUCUUUGGCACGAACACGCCCGCGAUACGCACACCAGCGCUGCUAAACCGCCUGAACCUCCCCCUCAAUGCCGGCACUCUCGCUUCGCUUACCUACUCAACUCUCUAUUUGAUUCUGUCGCCCAACCUUGCUGGCGCAUCGGCCACUCCAGUCAUCGUAGGCGCAGCCGCACUAGCUAACAAGCUCAUGGCCAAGUACAACCGUACGAAGGUCAAUAGUAUUGCCAUAGCCGUACAUAUUGUGAGCUGGAUCCUGCAGUUCGUAGGGCAUGGAAAGUACGAGGGCAGGAAGCCGGCGCUAUUGGAUAACUUAGUGCAAGCACUAUUCUUGGCUCCGCUGUUUGUAUGGUAUGAAGUGUUGUUCAAGCUGGGAUUUUAUAAGCAGUUGAAGAGCGAUGUAGAGGCUGCGAUUGAAGUAGAGGUUGCGAAGCUGAGGAAGGGCAAUGCGAAAGAGUAA